GAGCCAAUUUGUUCUACUCCCUUCUCGACCGGCUCUCGCAUAGUCGCAUUCCUUCAGUGAAUUAGGGUUGCAUUAGCAGUGAGAAGUUCUUCCCUUCCGUUUUGUCAAGCCGCUCUUGUCUGCUACCAAGGCGGUAUAUAUGGGUUAGACUGAUCGGAUCUGCUGCGGCUUUCCUCUCCUCGUCUCUGACAGGGGAAUUAAUAUAUUCAUUAUGAGUCCUCGUCAGUUUAAGAUUGCUUAAAUUUUCUGCUGGUUUUCUCUCUUACUCUUCGAUGGACGCGGAAGAUGAGCUGCCCAUUUGGUCAAAGGAUGUUGAUGGCGCCAGAGAGGAAAUAUUUCAGUUUCUUCGAUUCGAGAACAACUUGAAGGUCAUCUAUAUUGAUGGUUGGGAUGGAUUCGGGGCGUCCGCCAUUCUUAGAUCCAUAGCAGAAGUGCUCCCAUCUAGGAGAACCACUCCAGAACUAUGCUUUGACAGAAUAAUUUAUAUAGAUUGCUCUCAGUGGAAAAAUAGAAGAGCAGUGCAGAGGUCAAUUGCAGAGGAACUGCAACUUGACCACUCAGUGAUGGCCAUUCUAGAUAAGCAGGAUGAAGAGGAUGAUUUUAACAAAGUUGAUGAAAGCUCAAGGAAUGAGGUACACAGUGUCGGGAAAGUGAUUAAUCAAACCCUGAGGGGCACCAAGUUGAUGAUGAUUUUUCUUAAUGGAAGUGAUGAAGAGGUUGACAUAAGCACCUUUGGCAUUCCUCUUGCAAUAUUUGACAACAAUAUAAUAAUAUGGACCUUUAGCAGAAGAUGCAUGACCAUGAAUCACAUCCAUUCAAAGGUAGCAGACAAGCUAAGAUAUACUCAUGCUUUCUCUCAUUUCUAUCAUUCAAUCAAAGAAUUUUCAUGGGCGGAGUUUCUGCGACUGUUGUAUCAACAAGCUGUUGCCAUAGUUGCUCGCAAUCCAUUUGUGCCAGAAAUCGACCCAGCAAUGGUUGCAGAUUGUUGUCUCUAUGAGUUAUUCCUGCAUUAUAAUUUCCACACUGUCACUGAAUAUAAUUGGGUUGGUCAUGCUUCCAACUUUUGGAUAUGUGAUGCAAUCAUACAAGGGGACAGGGAAAUGGAUAUUAGUAAUUUGUUGCAUAGAGAGAUAAAUUGGGUGUGUGAUUCCUCUUUGCCUGAUGGUGUGCUUGAAGAGUUCAUGGGAGAUUUGGAGACUCUUUUUUGGGUAGCUACAGAUGACUAUGUCUACGAAGAAGGUCCAUACCGUUGGAUAUCAAUCACAUCAAGCAAAAUUGAUUUGCGAACUAUAUUGAUGCGCAAAGAACAAAGCAAUAUGGGAAUACAGGGCUUGCGAACUAUACCUGUAGAGACAUCAUCUUUCUUCUUGGCAUUUGAAAGUUCUAGUCAACAACGAUGUUUACCAGAUGGCUUGUUUGAAUGUGCCAACAAGCUUGGUGUGCUAAUUCUCAGUUGUUGUGCCUUCGAUUUUGCAUCACCUCCUUUCCAGAAGUGUCAGAGCCUAAGAUUCCUUGGAUUGGACCAUUGUACAAAUAGUAAAUCAGGUGAAGGAGAGGAUAAUGCAGAGUGGACAUAUUUAUGUAGCGUAUCAGUGUUGGACCUACGUUACACAGAAUGGAAUGAAAUCUUAUGUGAAGAAAAGAUGGAUCUCAUGGCUAACAUCAUAGAGCUAAAUAUAGAGGGAGUCUGGAGUCAGCAGUACAUAGGUGACCUACAAGGUCGACUACCUAACCUCCAGAGGCUACGGAUAACCAAACCAAUAUAUAAGGGGAAGCCAUCAGAGGAUUUUGGUAACUCUUUUGUAGAUAAGACAAGUAUGAAAAUACUUGACUUGUCAGGGAACAGUGACAUGCAAAUUCUUCCAGCAAGCAUAUCGAAGGCAAGUAGCCUUCAGUUGCUUGUACUUGAUGGUUGCAAUGGACUGGAAAGCGUUGGCGGGCUUCCUUCCUCCCUUGAAUCCUUUAGCUUUAAUGGACAUGGGCCAGCUUCUCAAUGGACACAAACUGUUGCGCUACCUCCGGAACAAUUUCGCCCGUCCACAAUUGAAGACUUUAAGAUGGAUAUUAGAGUGUCUGAGAUCUCCUUAGCAGGCUGCACACAAUUGAAGAACCUGUUUUUGUGUUGGUUACCCAACCUUGUGGAAUUGGACCUCUCUGGAAUUGCAAUCAAGAUAUUUGACUUGAAUACUAUGGUGGUGCAAGUCCCGAAGCUCAAGAGAGUAUUUCUAAUAGGAUGCACGCGACUUCGUGCAAUAAUUCCAUUGCAUGAGAGUGGCUCUGAGAUAAAACAAGAAUUGGAGUUAUUAUGCAUAGACACCCGAGUUGGAACAGUGUGUUCUCGGCCAUCCAUCAACAGGGCCAAACGCUUCAAGUUCGAAUUGCAUGUUGUUGCCGCGGAUGCGAGGCUUACUCGCUCUGUGAAGGGUCUCUUGUUGCCUUAUGUACAAAAAGGCAUAAUGAAGGAUGUUUCUUGUAAUAUCCAUGUCACCUCCUCAGCUGUGCACACUGAAGUUGUUCAAUUUGAAGCAACCAGCCCAAGUGAUCAAGAGAGUUUGCAACAGCUUAUUCCAGCAGGCCCGUAUAGUGAUGUCCUUGGCAUGGUUGGCAAUCCCCCGAUGCAGGAUUUCCCGGAAGCUCCGACGACUACAAAGCGGGACCAUCAUAUAGAGAUUGCUAAAGGGAGCUGCUAUGUGGAGAACGAACUGCUAGGAGAUCUAGGUUAUUUGGUGGGAACUAGUGCCGAAUCACUGCAUGUGCACGACGCAUCGAUACGUAACAUUGCUCUUUAUGAGUUUUAUCAGUUUGCCCUUAGGUGGUGCUGCGUGGAGAGGUGCCCGGAGUUGGAUGUCGUCUUCCCUUCGGCAUCGACUGGAUUUAAUGUACUGCAGACCUUCUGGGCGUCGGAUCUCCUAACAGCCCGCUGGAUUUGGGGUAAAGCUUCAUACAAGGGUUUCUUUUCCCACACCACCAAUACCUUUCCAAAUUUACAGCACCUCCACCUGCGCUCCUGCCCUAGACUCCAGUUUGUGGUCCCGCUGUACGGCUUGUCCUUCCCCAGCUUGAAGACCCUCCACAUCAUCCACUGUGGCGACCUCGUGCAUGUCUUCGAGCUAAACAUGGAUUACCCAGAGGAAGUAACCACCCUCAGUGUAAGAUUUCCGAAGCUGACCGCCAUCCACCUGCACGACCUCCCGAAGCUUCAGAAGAUAUGCGAGGUCAAGAUGGUGGCGCCCGCGCUCGAGAGUAUCAAGAUCAGAGGGUGCUGGAACCUGCACCGGCUUCCAUGCGUGGGCGCCCGUGGCCAAGGCGAGAAGAAGCCGGCGGUUGAGAUCGAGAAGGAAGUGUGGGGUGCUCUGGAGUGGGACAACGACCACCGCCCCGACCACUUUGGACCGCCGGUCCACUCGCGCUACUACAAGGAGAAGCUGCCCAGGAUCUCCGUUCUGAGGUGAACUCUGCGCUGCUGUGUUAAUUUCUUCCGUCGCUACAUCAAAACGAUGGAUGGGUGCUCCUGCUUCUGCUGCUGAAUGAGUGCUUGGUUUGCUUGUUUGCUUUGCUUGGAUUGAUAUUGUGUGGCAUUGUUGCCAAUGCCUGUUGUGGGAGCUUAUGGUGGCUCUCACCUUGUGUUAUACUGUGGCUUUCAAAUAAGAGAUGGACAGGUCGGUGCCUGCAUACACUGACCUGGCCGAUGCGUGCCCCUGUGUGUGGUUUGCGACUGCAACGGCUAUGUGUGUCAAUCCAGCAGGCUGCAUUUGUGUGUGUUGCUUUAAUGAGUGCUUGCUUGCUAUGCAUUUGAGAGUGUUUGCUGUACUUAUGAGUGUGACUAUGUAUUAUCUGAACUUGUGUGUC